AUGAGCGUCGCGACGCCUGAACAAUCCAGCACUGCACAGAAUGCUUCGACCGAUACACGCAGACCUGUCGUCGCGUGUCAACAGCUGACCAAGACAUUCAAGGACUUCUGGAUGCGCGAUCGCGCGCGUGCCGUGGACAAGCUGGACUUGGUUGUGCGCGAGAAGGAAAUCUUUGGACUCCUAGGUCCCAACGGCUCGGGAAAGAGCACGACCAUCAAACUGAUCCUUGGCUUGCUCAAACCAACAAGCGGGCGUGUGAUGGUGUUCGAUAAACCAACCACACAUGUCGAGACCAAAUCCAGGAUCGGAUACCUCCCAGAAGAAAGCUACCUCUACCCGUUUCUGAAUGCACGAGAGACGCUCGAUUACUACGGCAAGCUCUUCCGACUUGAUGCCAAAACACGCUCCAAUCGCAUCGACGAGCUCCUCGAGAUGGUCGGAUUGACACACGCGCAGUUCCGUCCAGUCCGCGAAUAUUCCAAAGGGAUGCAGCGGCGCAUCGGGAUCGCGCAGGCGCUCAUCAAUGAUCCAGACCUGCUGAUCCUCGACGAACCGACCACGGGUCUUGAUCCGAUCGGGACUCGGCAAGUGAAAGACCUCAUCCUCGAACUGGGACGAAGAGGCAAAUCGAUCAUCCUUUCGAGUCACCUGCUCACUGAUGUUGAAGAUGUUGUCGAUCGAAUGGUUAUCCUCUACGGCGGCAAGAUCCGUGGCGAAGGGACCUGCGAAGAACUGCUCUCGUCUAAAGAACGCACGACGAUCGAGACCGAUGAGCUCGACGAUGCGACGAUCGCGGAGAUCGACGAAGUGAUCCGCAGAAGGUCAUCAGGAGGCAAGUCCAUCCUUUCUGUCAGCUCUCCACGACAAAGACUCGAAGAACUCUUCCUCGGCAUCGUUGAGAAAGCACAAGCGGAUCGCAUGAGCACCUCUGGUGUGACCAAAGGCGGAGAGACCGCGUCGUUCCUCAAAUCCGCUGCCGCAGCGGCUCCAGUUGUUGGGGACGAACUCAUCGAAAGCCUGCUGUCCAACUCAGACGAAACGACGGAUACUCCAGAACAAGAAGCUCCACAAUCUGAGUCUGUUGGUGAACCAGCCCCAAUGGUCGAGUCCACUGAAGAAACGGAUUCCGAAUUGAUCAGUGAGCUGCUCAACGACUCGGACGAGGUUGUUGAUGAGCCUGUGACGCAUACUCCUGAAGCGAGUGCUCCGACUGAACCAGAGCACAAGUCAGCAGAGUAUGACGAGAGCGUGAUUGAUUCGUUGCUCGAUGGGAGCGACGAGGAGCCGGAGAACAAAGGUGCGAUUGAUCGGCACCAACGCGGGCGACCCUUCAAAAUCGUCGCGACUGUGGUCGUUCUGCUGGGCCUGCUGACUUACGCGGGAUUCUCGAUCGUUAGCUCGACCACCGCUGAGAAUGCUGAUUGGGUUUCGGACAUCCCAGAGAUGCUCGAGGACCAGAACGGAAAUCUCAUACCCAACCCAAUCGCGCAGCGUAAUGAGCAGCUCCGCUCGAUCCUCGAUGUCUCUCAAUCACCAAUUAACGGCGUGAUCAGUGUCUCGCUGAUUACGGCAUUCUUGAUCAUCAUCAUCUGGUUGGGGCUCGGACUGACCUAUGUCGGAACCAUCACAUUGGUCGCUUUGAUCGGCUGGCCCUUGUAUUCACUCGGCGGCCCUGGCUGGUCAGGGCUCGGAUUCGUGAUCAUCGGCGUGACGCUGCUCAUGCUGACCUUCACCGUGCUCUUGCGUGGAUUGCGUCUGGCGUUGAGCAAUGCUCACCCAAUCACGACGAUCGCACGCAAUGUCCUUGCUGAAGCGAUCCGGAUGAAAAUCUCGCUCGUGUUUAUCCUGCUGCUUGCGGUGAUGCUCUCGAUCAUGCCGAUCAUGCUCGAUGCGGAUCAGCCGUUGCGCUAUCGAGUGCAGGGUUUCUUGCAAUGGUCCACAGGGAUGUCGUUCUGGUUGAUCGCGCUCUUGGUGGUCUUCUUCAGCGCCGCAACCGUCUCAUAUGAGCAGCGCGAGAAGGUCAUCUGGCAGACCAUGACCAAACCAGUCGCGGCUUGGCAGUACAUCCUCGGUAAAUGGCUCGGCGUCACGCUUCUCUCUGGGAUGCUCCUCGCCGUUGCAGGACUCGGGACUUUCCAGUUUACUGAGUACCUGCGAUCCCAAAAAGCACUGGGUGAGGUGGCGCCGUACCAAGCGAGCGAGGGGCGCAUGAUGACCGAGGAUCGGAUGAUCCUCGAAACGCAAGUCCUCUCGGCUCGUAAGUCUGUCAAUCCUGUGCUUCCAUUCCAUCCGAUGGAUGCGGAGUUUGAUGCAGCACUCGAAGCGGAGAUCGCUCAGGAGCGGCAGCUCCAGACAGACUUCAAUCCCACUCCGGGCAUGAAAGCCGGGAUGCGGAUGAAGAUCUUCGAAGAAGCGGUCAGCGAUUACCGCUCAAUCGAUCCGCGUUAUGAGGGGUAUGCAACCUUUUCAUUUACUGGACUCGAGGAAGCGAAGCGUCUUGGUCAGCCACUCACUUUGCGAUACAAGAUCAACGCGGAGGGCAAUCGUCCAGAUAUUUUCUAUGCGGUGACCUUUGUAUUUGAAUCCGGCGCCAUCUUCCCACGCAAGCAAACCGGACUCGGAUUCUCACACACAUUUACGAUUGACUCGGCGCUCAUCAACAAUCGGGGUGAGCUGAAUAUGCAGAUCUACAACGGCGAGCUUGGUCUCGAUCGCGAUGAUUCAUUCUCGCUGCGUCCGAAUCCAGGAACGAUGACCAUCCCGCCGGACGGGUUGGAAGUCUCGUACCAAGUUGGGUCAUACGCGGGGAACUUUGUCCGCAUCAUGACCGUUCUGUGGAUCAAGCUGGCGCUGCUCGCGAUGAUCUCCGUUUGGGCCGCAUCGUUUGCGUCAUUCCCAGUCGCAUGUCUGAUGUCGAUCGCCGUGUUCCUGAUCGGUGAAUCGGCGGGAUUCGUCCAGUCCGCACUCCCGGCUUGGCAGAUGGACACCGAAUCAGUGGUGGGGGUCUUCAGGACAUUGAUCUACCACUUCGCGGACACCGUCUCGGGAUUCUUCUCGAUCUAUCACGAGCUCAAACCAACGCAGCGAAUCGCCGAAGGACGAUUGUUGGGGUGGGGACAGGUCUCUUCUGGGGUGCUCGUCCUGAGUCUCGCGACCGGCGUGUUCUACUUCUUGAGCGUAUACAUCUUCCGCAAGCGUCAGCUCGCGAUCUAUUCGGGUCAGUAG